ACGACGACGACGAGAUCAAUCGCAGAAAUGGCUUCUCAGCGUGUAUUUCAACUCGGCUUGCGCCGUGCAGCUGCCGCCGCCUUCAAGGUCCAGCCCGCCGGCCGCGCCGUCACGAGGAGACUCGCAGCGACACAAUCUGCGUCCCAAGAGAGCGCAGCCGAAAUCCUCACAAAGCAGCGCCUCAACCGCCCCGUCUCGCCCCAUCUCUCCAUCUACCGUCCUCAAAUCACCUGGUACGCCUCAUCGCUGAACCGUGUCACCGGCAUCACUCUUUCCGGCUCGCUGUAUCUGUUUGGCCUCGCCUACCUCGCUGCGCCGUACACGGGAUGGCACCUCGAGACCGCCAGCAUGGUUGCGACAGUUGCUGCUUGGCCGGUCGCGGCGAAGGUGGCGCUUAAGAGCUUCUUCGCUUUCCCAAUGUUCUUCCAUAGCUUCAACGGUGUGAGGCAUCUUCUGUGGGAUAUUGGUGUUGGAUUCACAAACCAGCAGGUCAUUCGCACAGGGUGGAGUGUUGUUGGUUUGACCGUUGCCACUUCGCUGUACUACGUCUUCUUCCAGUGAGCAUGUCAAGGGUUGAGUAGAGAAAGACAGAAAGAUUGGCGCAAUUGAGGAGCGAACACAGUAAUGUGUCUGAAAUCACGAGGGGGAGGCGGAUGAAAGAGGUUCAAGGCUGGGUGGUCUGGUCGAGGUGGAAGCACAACUUGUAUAUUCUGCUUGUUUUCCAAUAUGAUUUAUUCGAUUUAUGGG